AGCCCCUCUUGUUGCUUUUUGACCAUUUUAAUUGUUUUCGUAAACUGCCUGUUCACAUCUUUUGCCUGUUAAGGAAAAAAAGAUCAUUUGUCUAUUUCGUAUUGAUUGAUAGUAAUCUCUAUGUUAUAUUAACUUUUCAUUUGUCAUAUGCUUUUAAAAUAUUUUCUCUUAGUUUUUCAUUUAUCUUUGAACUUUUUUUAGAGUGAAAGUUAUGCUUUAUGGGAAAAUAUUUGAAACAUUCCUAUGAAAAUAGGAGCAAGACAAGAAUGUUUACAAUCAAAACUAAUAUUCUAUUAAAGCUACUGGCCACUCAAAAGUCAUUAUUAUUUUCAUAUUUUUAUACUCAUUAUUUUCACAUGAUAUAUCCAUCCACAAAGAGAAUCAGUUGACAAGAUACUAAAACCAGUGAGUUCAGCAGCAUCGCCAGAUAUACGAUUAACAAACAAAAAUUAUAUAAAUAAGAUAUGAGAACAAUAAUCAACCAUAAAAAUGUCAUAGAAGGUUCUCAUUCACAAUAAAAAUGUUACAUUAUAGACGUAAAUUUAAUAGGAAAUUGCAAAUUAUGCAUUAAGAAAAUCAGAUUACUUUAGUGGAAGAAAAAAAGGGCUGAUUAUUAUUUUUGGCUGCACCACGUGGCUUGCGGGAUCUUAGUUCCCCGACCGGGGAUCGAACCUGGGCCAAGGCAGUGAAAGCACUGAGUCCUAACCACUGGACUGCCAGAGAAUUCCCAAAAGGCUUGAUUAGAUGGAGAGUUUUACCAUGUCCGUGAAUAGGAAGACUUAAUAUUGCAGAUACACAGUUUUUACUUUAGGUUAAAUUCUUAUUAAAACAGGACUUUGCAUGGAACUUAAGCUGACUUUUAAAUCUGCAUGGAAAGGAAAAAUUGCGAGGAAAGCAAAAACCGUUUUUGGAAAGCAAUGAGUAGAUUUUCUCCUGAUGGCUGACUCUCAACCACUUCUCUCCCUUGAUGGGGACGCCGUGGCUGCAGAAGCCUUGCUCCGGGACGUGUUUGGGAUUGUGGUGGAUGAGGUCAUUCGGAAAGGGACCAGUGCCUCCGAGAAGGUCUGCGAGUGGAGGGAGCCAGAGGAGCUGAAGCAGCUUCUGGAUUUGGAGCUGCGGAAUGAGGGGGAGUCACAGGAGCAGAUCCUGGAGCGCUGCCGGGCUGUGAUCCGCUACAGUGUGAAGACCUGUCACCCUCGUUUCUUCAACCAGCUCUUCUCAGGGUUGGACCCUCAUGCCCUGGCCGGGCGCAUUGUCACUGAGAGCCUCAACACCAGCCAGUACACAUAUGAGAUCGCCCCCGUGUUUGUCCUCAUGGAAGAAGAGGUGUUGAAGAAACUCCGGGCCCUGGUGGGCUGGAGCUCUGGGGACGGCGUCUUCUGCCCUGGUGGCUCCAUCUCCAACAUGUAUGCUGUGAACCUGGCCCGCUAUCAGCGCUACCCGGAUUGCAAACAGAGGGGCCUCUGGGCACUGCCGCCCCUGGCCCUUUUCACAUCAGAGGAGUGUCAUUACUCUGUCAAGAAAGGAGCUGCUUUUCUGGGACUUGGCACCGACAGCGUCCGAAUGGUCAAGGCAGAUGAGAGAGGGAAAAUGAUCCCUGAGGAUCUGGAGAGGCAGAUCGGUCUGGCUGAGGCCGAGGGUGCUGUGCCAUUCCUGGUCAGUGUCACCUCUGGCACUACCGUGCUGGGGGCCUUUGACCCUCUGGAGGCAGUUGCAGACGUGUGCCAGCGUCAUGGACUGUGGCUGCACGUGGAUGCCGCCUGGGGAGGGAGUGUCCUGCUGUCACAGACACAUAGACAUCUCCUGAAUGGGAUCCAGAGGGCUGACUCCGUGGCCUGGAAUCCCCACAAGCUCCUCUCCGCAGGCCUGCAGUGCUCAGCUCUUCUCCUCCGGGACACCUCGAACCUGCUCAAGCGCUGCCACGGGUCCCAGGCCAGCUACCUGUUCCAGCAGGACAAGUUCUACGAUGUGGCUCUGGACACUGGAGACAAGGUGGUGCAGUGUGGCCGUCGCGUGGACUGUCUGAAGCUGUGGCUCAUGUGGAAGGCACAGGGCGGGCAGGGGCUGGAGCGGCGUGUGGACCAGGCCUUUGCCCUUGCCCGGUACCUGGUGGAGGAAUUGAAGAAGCGGGAAACUUUUGAGUUGGUCAUGGAGCCUGAAUUUGUCAACGUGUGUUUCUGGUUCGUGCCCCCCAGUCUGCGGGAGAAGAAGGGGAGUCCGGAUUACGGUGAAAGGCUGGCUACGGUGGCCCCAAUCCUCAAGGAGCGCAUGGUGAGGAAGGGCUCCAUGAUGAUUGGCUACCAGCCCCAUGGUACCCGGGGCAACUUCUUCCGCAUGGUCGUGGCCAACCCUGCGCUGACGCGGGCGGAUAUGGACUUCCUGCUGAAUGAACUGGAACGGCUGGGCCAGGACCUCUGAGCCGCUCCUUCUCUGCUGGCCUGGACCCCUCCCCCAACCCUUACCAUCUCCCUGUAUCCCCUCCCCGUGUUCUCAAGAACAACCUCUCCAGGAAACAAAGCUGUCUUAAUUUUUAUGUGCUUUGACCCACUAACUCUCCUUUAAGUAUUUGAUAUUAAGAGAAUGUUUAAAUAAAUGAUAGUAUAUCCAUAUGAUGGAAUAUUACUCUGCCAUUAAAAUUAUGUUUACAAAGAGGA